AUGCUGGUAGCAGGCCAAGUGGCUGCUGAUGUCAGUCACCUUCACUUGGGCCAAAAUGCCGACGAGAGUUAUGGCCUUUCCUCCUCAUCCGCAUCUAAUGUGGCAACUAGCUACAGUUCUCAUUCUUCUGAAGCUGACCACGAAGCUCACCUUAAGUACUCCCAAGAGCAGGUUUCUGAUGCGUCUGCAGUACCUGGUGGGGAUUCCAGCUCAUAUCAACCCGCUGAAUACACUGCAGAACAUCUGAAGUCUACUUCCCACAAUGAGGAGUACUCUGCUGUUGUUCCAGGUGCCGAUUCAAGUUCUUACCAACCCGAGGAAUACACUCCUGCUCAUCUCAAAACUGUCACUGUCGGUGUUGAGUCUUCCGCUGUUGCUCCUGGUAGCGAUUCAAGCUCUUACCAGCCCGCCGAGUACACUCCAGAACAUCUGAAGGCUUCUUCCUACAACGGAGAGUCCGACGUAGUUCCUGGAGGUGAUUCCAGCUCAUAUCAACCCGCUGAAUACACUGCAGAACAUCUGAAGUCUACUUCCCACAAUGAGGAGUACUCUGCUGUUGUUCCUGGUGCCGAUUCAAGUUCUUACCAACCCGAGGAAUACACUCCUGCUCAUCUCAAAACUGUCACUGUCGGUGUUGAGUCUUCCGCUGUUGUUCCUGGUGCCGAUUCAAGCUCUUACCAACCCGAGGAAUACACUCCUGCUCAUCUCAAAACUGUCACUGUCGGUGUUGAGUCUUCCGCUGUUGCUCCUGGUAGCGAUUCAAGCUCUUACCAGCCCGCCGAGUACACUCCAGAACAUCUGAAGGCUUCUUCCUACAACGGAGAGUCCGACGUAGUUCCUGGAGGUGAUUCCAGCUCAUAUCAACCCGCUGAAUACACUCCAGAGCAUCUGAAGUCGUCUUCCCACAAUGAGGAGUACUCUGCUGUUGUUCCUGGUGGCGAUUCAAGUUCUUACCAACCCGCUGAAUACACUCCUGCUCAUCUGAAAACUGCUACAGUCGGAUUCCAGUCCUCCGCUGUUGUUCCUGGUGGCGAUUCAAGUUCUUACCAGCCCGCUGAAUACACUCCCGCUCAUCUGAAAACUGUCACUGUCGGUGUCCAGUCUUCCGCUAUUGUUCCUGGUGGCGAUUCAAGUUCUUACCAGCCCGCUGAAUACACUCCUGCUCAUCUGAAAACUGUCACUGUCGGUGUCCAGUCUUCCGCUGUUGUUCCUGGUAGCGAUUCAAGUUCUUACCAGCCCGCUGAAUACACUCCUGCUCAUCUGAAAACUGCAACAGUCGGAUUCCAGUCCUCCGCUGUUGUUCCUGGUGCCGAUUCAAGUUCUUACCAGCCCGCUGAAUACACUCCCGCUCAUCUGAAAACUGUCACUGUCGGUGUCCAGUCUUCCGCUGUUGUUCCUGGUGGCGAUUCAAGCUCUUACCAGCCCGCUGAAUACACUCCUGCUCAUCUGAAAACUGCUACAGUCGGAUUCCAGUCCUCUGCUGUUGUUCCUGGUGGCGAUUCAAGUUCUUACCAGCCCGCUGAAUACACUCCUGCUCAUCUGAAAACUGCUACAGUCGGAUUCCAGUCCUCCGCUGUUGUUCCUGGUGGCGAUUCAAGUUCUUACCAGCCCGCUGAAUACACUCCUGCCCAUCUGAAAACUGCUACAGUCGGAUUCCAGUCCUCCGCUGUUGUUCCUGGUGGCGAUUCAAGUUCUUACCAGCCCGCUGAAUACACUCCUGCUCAUCUGAAAACUGUCACUGUCGGUGUCCAGUCCUCCGCUGUUGUUCCUGGUGGCGAUUCAAGUUCUUACCAGCCCGCUGAAUACACUCCUGCCCAUCUGAAAACUGCUACAGUCGGAUUCCAGUCCUCCGCUGUUGUUCCUGGUGGCGAUUCAAGCUCUUACCAGCCCGCUGAAUAUACUCCUGCUCAUCUGAAAACUGCUACAGUCGGUGUGCAAUCUUCCGCCGUUGUUCCUGGUGGCGACUCAAGUUCCUAUCAACCCGCUCAAUACUCCGCUAAAGUUACUACCGUUCAUUCCUAUGUCCAAGGAAAGGCCGUUUUAAGUAAUCAAUUGCAAGCUCCCGCAUACUCUGGAGAAAUCGCUUCGUAUCAGGAUCCCGUCUCAAACAGCAUCGAACCGUUUAACGCUGAUACACAUGUUCCAGUUGCCAUUGGCCGGGAUACUAUUACUCCAGCUCACUUGCGUUCAUCCUAUUCAUCUAACACCAACACAGUUUACAGCUCAAGUGCUGCCGCUUCAUCAAAAUCCUCAUACGGCACUCAAUAUGCUUCCAAUGGCGGUUAUGUCUACUAA